GUUCACUCCUGCCAUAGAGGGAGGGUGGAAGGGCGAGAUGGGGUUGUCUCCGUGGGAAGGAGGAGGGAAGACAAACGGCUGAAUGCAGCGCAGAGCAGAGAGAGGAGAGAAGGACGUAGACCAUACUCUGAACUCAGACAAAAAAGACACGUUGGCUUUUUCAAAUCUACCAAUCACCAUGUUCACGAGGUCGCACUCUGAAAGAAGAGCCCUUCCUGGUUUCUCAGCCUUACUGACACACAGCACCCCAAAAGAGAGAGAUGUGACCUUCUCAUCUCCCCUGUACUUUACCCCACGGGACUCCAUCUUUACACCACAAUCACCUACUUUAUCUCCUCCAUGGGUGAAAGAAGCACUUUCAACACUGGAGAAAGGCGAGGAAGAACUUGAGAGUCUAAGGGAGCGUCAGCAAACGGAAGUGGAGGAGGUAAACCGUGAAUUGGACAAUGCAGUAUUUGAAGCUCAACGUGAGGAGCGACGCCUUCUUGAAAAGGUGGAGCAGGACUACAGGGAAACCCAGCGACAUCUUAGUCAAGUGAAGAGGGAAAACGCUGCAGCUGUGAGAGUUGUGCAGUCACUUGUUGAUCAGCAAAUUAAUAAAAUUAGGCAGUUAAAAGAACAAAUCCUUAGAUGGGGUUUUAAAGCUGAUGGAUCAAACAGAAAUCAGCUUCAAAGAGGCGUAGCAGAGGUCACUCAACCAUGGGAAAUCUCUUUAACAAUGAAAAGGGUCCAUUUUGUAUCCAGCCCCCAUUAUAAGAAUUUACAUUUUGGGGAGGUUGAUAUUCACGAACAAGGUAUGACCUAUAAUAUUGGGGUCUGUGGUGACCAGGGACACAAAUGCGCCUUGCACUCUGGUGAUGCAAAAUUCUUAAACAUAAAUCCUCGUGAAAUCCGACAGGAACCCCAACAUAACAGAGGUAGAGCAGUGGAAAACAUCAAGGCAAACAGUGGAAACGUUCGUGUUGUUCGGAAACUGCAUCUGUCAAGCCCUACAGAGAAUGAUGACGAGCAAAGGCUGAUGAGGUCUUCCAUCCAAAGACAUCGCGUUGUAUCAGAAUCUUCACAAGAUGAAGAGGUAGAAUCUGUCUGUUCAGACACACAAGGGCAGGAUCUUUUCCUUGCUAUUCCGCUCGUCUCCAGUCAAGGAGAAUCAGAGGGGGACGAAUCUGAUUCCAGACAUAAUGAAACAAAGAGACACAAUACGGUGAAAGGUAAAAGAAAGCAAAAGGCCCUUGUUAUGGUUUCGUGCGAUGAACCAUCAUGCCCUCUUGGAGAAAAAGAUGAUAAAAGAAACAAUGCAACAUUUUCAAAGGCUAGCUGCAAGGGUUCAGUCUCAAGAUACAGUCUUACAGACCUUUCUCCAAAACGUCUUUCUCUUUCACAACAAAGCCUCUCAAAGAAGAACUCAUUAGACAGUGGAAGCCUUUCAUCCCCUGGUGACAGUGAAGAUUCCUGCAGUACAUUUAUUGUAGAUUCUCCACAAAAUGAAUCUCUUAAGCAAGACCACUGCUGCUCAACCUGCACCACUGAGCUUUCCAGUAGGGAAAGCCCUUUGGGUAACGAUGACAAAACUGAGUGCAGAAAAAUGAGAAGAGUCAGUAGAAUGCAUCUAACCUCAGAACCUUCAACAUUUAAACAAGCCCAUGAAAACUUUCCAGAAUCAAAUAAGAGCAUCAUCAGCCCUAAAAGGCAAUCGAGAUCUCAAACUCGGCUUACACCUGGUUUAACUGUCAACCGUGUCAGCAGAUCUCUGUCCAUGUCAGCAAUCGAUGGUGACAAAAUAAAUCAAGACAAACAAUCGCUGCCUUGCAACAAUAAGACAGGCAACACUGACAUGCGUUUUAAAGAAUUUGAUAACGGGACUAAUUCAGCUGUUUUUGGCACAGCUUAUCUGGUGAAACAGUUCGGUAAACAAGGAUCAGGCCGAACUGACUUCAACCUGCCAAGUGGUGUUCAUGCAACUGCUAGAGGGCAACUGUUUGUGGUGGAUUGUGGUAAUGCCCGUAUCCAAGUGACGGAUCUCCAAAAGAACAUUGUGCAGCAAGUCUCUCCAUCGGGAUCAGAAAGGUCUUCAUGCAUAUGCAACUAUUUUGACGUGGCUGUAAAUUCAAAGGGCCUCAUCGCCUUGACCUGUGCUGCUGAACGAGCAUUGUUAGUUUUCAGUCGUCAUGGACGCCUUCUACAAACAUUUGGUGGCACCAUGACUGGUUUAACAAAUGAAGACCUGGAUGCUCCAAGAGGGGUCACCGUUACAUGUCAAGAUGAAUUCAUUGUCGCAGACAUCAAGCGCGGCACCUUGACUGCCUUAAAGUUGGAUCCAAAAACCGGGGCUAGGUUAGAACGUACAGUUGUAACCGGGUAUCACAGACCCUACUUGGUUGCAGCCUGUCUCACUACUCGGCUAAUAGCAGUUUCAGAAAGAGGCAAUGAAACUGGCCGCGUCCCAUGCAUUCGGGUCCUGGAACCUGGCUGGAACACCAUCAGAAUCCUUGGGGUGUGUUCAGGCCUUGGACCGGUCCUGACCUGCCCCUGGGGCCUUUGUAUCGACAGUGAUGGUGAUGUCUUAGUGGCAGACUGGGGAAAGCAACACCACCGUGUUCUCAUCUACCCAUCAAAGGGUGUUGGAUGGCCUCUUGUAUCUGAAAACCUUAACAGCCCACGAGGGCUGGCACUCCUCCCUGAUGGCCAUAUGGUUGUCUCAGACAGCAUGAACCACUGCGUCAAGAUUUAUCGCUACAAAUAAAUGGAAGAAGGCAUAUAUUUGAAGACAAAUAUCCUAAGAGGUGUUAAUAGUAAAACCUGUGGCUUUGGGAUUUCCUUUGCUAUUUGGUACUUAUGCAGUUGUGGAUGUCUUGCAUUUAUUUUUUCCAGAAGGAAUGAAUAUGUGUAAUCUUUCAGAGAAAGUGUUCCAAUAUUCCUUAAACAGGGUUUGUACCUCUAUGAUUAGUUGUAGACUUCAAGUAUUUUAUUUUUAAUCCCAUCGUAGUCUACACCUGGAUAUAUCAUCUAAAUACAUUAAAGGAAAUGUAGCCAUAUAACUCUGAUUAUAAGAUUAAAUCAUAUCCAUGAUUGAGAGGUUAAUCAUUGUUAGAGGCUAGUCUCUCAAUUUUAUUAGACUCAAAUGGGCCAUAAGGAAUAAAGUUUGGCAGCUGUGACUUUGUGUCACACAAGGGUAUCAGUCAGUCAUGAGAUAAGCUACUCUUCUACUGUUCCGUUUUUACAAAGUGGAGGUUUUUCUCUUCUCUAACAUAUCUGACAGUAGGAAUCUCUCAAUACAUGCAAUAAAGUAGUUAUAGAUGUUUUUGUCAAAGUGUGGGUUUAUUGUGGGCCACAGAAGGAUGACAUAGGAAAGCAGAUUUUCAAGUACAAGGGUAUGAAGUGAAAAUUUGAAAAAUGGACAACUUGACCACCAGCGUUUGAAUUUUAAUAAUGUCCUUAAUGGUAAAUAUUUAUGAUUAAGCUCUAAACAAUUAUAUAGAACUUAUUAUAUAGACUAAAACUACUUACAAACUGUUUUUGUUUACCACCAUUAUCUAUGCAUACAAGAUGUUGAUGUUUUCAGUGUAUUUGCCUUGUGUCAUAAAAAUAAUAUAAACAUUAAAACAGAUUUAAGUCUGUAUUUUGUUAUUACU